AUCCUAUCGAGAAACAAAAAUCUAACAACCUUGGUCGACGUUACCCUAACACCUCUCUUUCAAUCUCCGAUCAAAUCCAAACGCAUUCUUCCGAUUUCGCCGGAGAAGAUGCAGCAGAGAAAGCCGACGGCGGGUAGACCCAGUGGUACCGAUGGAUCCGAUUUCUCAUACCGCAUGGUCGUUGACUCUCGUUACACGAAGGUCACUAAAGAAAAAGCUCGUCUCCGUCCUUUGAUCUUUGUUCAGGCUGCGAUUUAUUUAGUCGGAUUAUCGUGUGCGUUUCUGACAACGACUAAAAAGGAUGAGAGGAACACCCUUGCAAUUGCAGCAGCUGCUGCUGGCUUAGUGUCUUCAUUCAUAGGAGAAUUAGGUUGUAGACGCAGCAGAGUAAACCUUUUGAGGCUCUAUACGGCUGCAUCUACCAUUGUUAUGGUUCUUUCAGUGUUUUGUGCUGUUAGGAGCAGAUUAACUAUGGAGGAACGGAAUAGCACUGGAACAACCGCGAAGCUUGAGCUCGCAGGUUUCAUUUGUGCUCAAUUUGGUAAAACUUCCUGAAGAUUCUCUUCGUUUCUUUAUUGUCUACAGUACACGUACUUGCAAGCUUGGGUUGCAUAUUCCGGGAUUAUGGAUCAUUCGGGUUUUUUGUUGAAUGCAGGAGCGGUGGUGCAGAUAUUAGUGAUCAUCGUUACGGGGUCCCUUGUCAAUAAUAUGUCUCCGCCUACAAAAGCAGCAUAGAGGAACAUAAAACUUGGGCACUGUCGUGUGUGCUUCUCUUACAUGAAGAAGAAAACUUAGAAUUUGUAAGUUUUGAACCGUUGUUUUCUCCACCAAAUGAUUAGUGUUAUAUUAUAUAUACAACGUUGUUUACUUAAACUUUUCAAUUAAUCAUUCAAAAACACAUUUCUCAUUGAGAGAUGUACCAAA